GUAGGCUGGUCAGUAUCUCGGUUAAGCUGGUAACUCAGCUGGUUCUCUACCUGGCAACUGAAGGGUUAGUUUGUCCACUGAACGGAUCGUUCCCAUUUUCUAGAAAGUGAGCACUGAGGCCCCAGGGACGGAAGUCUGUGAAUCUCCUGGCCCUGCCAUUGACCAAAGCGAUGGGCGCUUUAGUUUUUCUAGUGGGAAAGGGGUUUGGACAUUUUUUCCUGAAACCUGGGCAGGAAAUCCUUGGCUUGGAGACUUGACAGGAUAAAGGACUCUCAGGCUUGGUCACCAGGGAGAAUGGAUAAUGCCUGCUUUUGCUGUGUUGGGCACACCCUAUGCGACCUUUCUCAAACCUGUUUCUUAUCAGGUCACACCUUGACUCCCAAACCUCCAACGGCUCCCCUAUGCUGGCUGAAAAAACUGUCCUUUUGCAUAGGGCAGGGGUGAUGGCCCUGACUCUGUUAUCAGACCAGCCGGGGUUGGCUCCCUUUUCCUGCCAAUCAAAAGCUUGCACCCAGUCAAUGAUCUGGCAUCGUCCAGCUUCAGUUUCCUCUUCGGGAAAAUGGGGCUUGUGCAGGCCGUGCCACGCGGCUUGCAGGAUCUUUGUUCCCCAACCAGGGAUCGAACCCAGGCCUCCAGCAGUGGAAGCGCCGAGUCCUAACCACUGGACUGCCAGGGAGGUGCCUGUUUGCAGUUUUCACAGAGACCGUCAAGCUGUCCCUCUUUGAGUGUCCGUGAGGCUGUGAAUAUGUUCACGUGUUCAGCAGUCAUUGUUACCCACCCUCCAUCUGUUUGUCUGCAUCAGUGGUUCUGAACCAGAGAUGAUUUUUUUUUUUUUUUUUUUUGUCCCCCAGGGGACAUUUGGCAAUAUAUGGAGAUCUUUUUUUUUAAAAAAAUGGCUUUAUUGGGUUGUAAUUCUCCUACCAAACUAUUCACCAGUGGAGACAUUUUUGGUUGUCGCAGCUUGGGGCAAGGGUGGGGCCUGCAUCUAGCGUGUAGAGGCCAGGGAUGCUGCCGAAACCCUACACCUAUGCACAGGACAGCACCUUACAACGCGACAAAGAAUGGUCCAGGCCCAGCUGUCAAUAGUGCCAAAGUUGAGAAGCCCUGGUCCAUUGCUCUGCAGGAUCCUUUCUUGCAAGGAGCUGACAGUUGAGCUCCAGAGACAGGAAGAGGCUCACAAGAAAAAGGACAAUCCCAAUCACCCCUGUACGCCAGGAUAAUGCAGACUCCACUGACCAUUCCUGUGCCUGUGCUCCGGCUCCCCCGGGGCCCUGAUGGCUUGAGCCGAGGCUUUGCCCCCGACGGACGCAGAGCCCCCCUGAAACCGGAGGUUCCUGAAAUCCCGGAGUCUCAAGAAUCUCGGGAAUCCCAGGAACAGCGGGCCCGAGCCGCCCUUCGGGAGCGCUACCUCCGCAGCCUGCUGGCCAUGGUGGGGCGCCAGGUGAGCUUCACGUUGCACGAGGGUGUGCAUGUGACCGCCCACUUCGGAGCCACUGACCUGGACGUGGCCAACUUCUACGUGUCGCAGCUGCAGACUCCGAUAGGCGUGCAGGCUGAGGCGCUGCUCCGGUGUAGUGACAUUAUCUCAUACACCUUCAAACCAUAAAGAUGUUAUCGUGUUCAUCUUUCUGCCUUGGGCGUAGCCACAGUCUCCCAGGCCUCCAUAUGCUCCUGAGCUUGGACCUGUGGGCCCCAGAGAGUUCGGAACACCCUUGGAAUUUUGAGCCAAGCUUCAAGCAACUCUGGCUUCUUGGGACAGUAAAAUUCUGCGGCCCCAGGAGUUCUAGAUCCUGUUGAAAGGAAGGCUCUACCUCACAGAACUCUAAACUGUACAGAUACACGGGCCUCAUGCCUGUUCCUGAAGAUUCCGGGUGGAGAGAGGGAAUAAAGGAAGGCAAAUUGUCUA